GCUAUAAGACAUAUCAUCAUGUUCAAUCUCAAAGAACAUUCCAUGUACCUUCUCGUUUCCGUACCUUUAUAAAUCAAAUCUCCUCCCGCAGUGUCUUUUAGUACACUCCCAUUCGUCUCUUAAACAACACUUACCGCACAACAAUGUCGGGUUUUGACUACAACGACUCAGCUGAUCCUGUCGAUAACGGCGUUAACCCACCCGUUUUCUACCGGAACCCUAGUUUCAGCAACGUCAUAUUAAACGAUAGCUGGAGCGACUUGCCAUUAAGCGUCGACGACUCGCAAGACAUGGCCAUUUACAACACUCUCCGCGACGCCGUCAGCUCCGGCUGGACACCCACCGUUCCUCCCGUCUCCUCUCCCGCGGAAGUUACCGUGAGAGAGGAGAAGACGGAGACGGUGGUCGUGUCGUCGGAAGCGAGUGGUUCCAAGGCUCCCCCGAGGCAGAAGGGAGUGCAGUACAGGGGAGUGAGGAGGAGGCCGUGGGGGAAGUUCGCGGCGGAGAUCAGGGAUCCGAAAAAGAACGGCGCUAGGGUUUGGCUCGGGACUUACGAGACGCCGGAAGACGCGGCGGUGGCUUACGACCGAGCGGCGUUUCAGCUUAAGGGAUCCAAAGCUAAGCUUAACUUUCCACAUUUGAUUGGUACUUGUCAGUACGAGCCGGUUAGGAUCAGGCCUCGCCGUCGUUCGCCGGAACCUUCUGUCUCCGAUUACUCAUCGCCGGAGCAGAAGAGUGUAGGCCACGUGGAAGACGGAGAAUCUAGCUCGGAUUUGGAUUUCAGUGUGAAUCAAUCGGCUUAUACGUAUUUUGAUAAUCGGCAAUGAUUUAAUUCAAUAAAAGCUUUUAAAUAAGUAAAAUUUCAUGUUUCUGUGUAAGAUUUUGCUUACGAUCAUAAUGUAAUGUGAUUGAAACUAUGGACUCUUUUGUUUUCGUGAUUCGGUUCUAUAGGAACCCUAAAACUUUCAUAAUCAUAUUCCUGUUUGUUUCUAAUAUUAAAUUUUCUCUUAUAAACAA